UCAAACUAUACAAGGAUCAAAUCCUAAACGCCGUAAAACGAAAGUGUCGAAUGUUGAGGAAUUAGUACUGAAUGUUGAGGAAUUGGAAGAAAAUGUUGAUGUGGUGGAACCUGAAACUGUAUUUAGUGAAAAACAACCUGUUUUAAAUGAAGAUAACGAAGAUGAUGAUUUCCUUUUUAAAAAUCCUGAUCCAAAUAUGGUAAAGCAUGUCUUACGAUAUGUACCUUUGAACGAUCGAGCAGAACAGUAUCAAGAAAUAAACAAAUCUGACGAUAUUAUGCAAGAUUCUACUCAAAGAUAUCAAAAAUUGGCAACACUGAUUUUAUCAACUUCGCAAAAUGCAAACAACUCCCAAUUGAAUAUUUCAACAAAUCAA